AGCAUUAGUUUGAUAAUGACACAAACUGCCUAACCUAGAAAUUCGUGAAAACUGUUUUGGUUAAUGUUUUGCUUUGAAUAGUGUGUUGUUUUCGUCUUUUUUAUUUUACAAACAGCACAUCCAAAAUGGGAAAACGACAACAUCAGAAGGACAAAAUGUACCUGACCUACACCGAAUGGACGACUUUAUACGGUGGAAAAAAACGGGGCACCCAGUCCAAAGAAGAAGCAAACUUUAAGCGACUACCCUUUGAUCAUUGUUGCUUAUCGUUGCAGCCCUUUGAGGUGCCCUUUAGCGACUUGGACGGCAAUAUAUUCGACUUGGAUGCCCUCAUCCCAUUUUUGAAAAAGUACAAAAUCAACCCUGUGACUGGAAAACCUUUGGAUUUUCACUCAUUGUUCCAAUUAAACAUCAAGAAGAAUGAAGAGGGUGACUUUGAGUGCCCCGUAUUAUUUAAGCCUAUCACUAACAGUUCGCAUGUUGCUGCAAUUGCCACUACUGGAAAUGUGUACUUGAUGGAAGCGAUUGAACAAUUGAAUAUAAAGAAUAAAAACUGGAAGGAUUUAAUUACAGAUACACCAUUCGAGAGGAAGGAUAUUAUUGUGUUGCAGGAGCCCAAUAAGUUGGAGAAGUUCAAUAUAUCACAAUUUCAUCAUGUCAAAAAGAAUUUGCGAGUUGAAACCGAAGAAGAGAUAGCUGACAAAUCAAACCCACAAGCUCGAUUGAAAACCAUAAAUCCAGAGACAAAAGAUACGUUAGCAGAGUUGGACAGGGAUUAUAAGUCGCCAACUAUUCAGCUAAAUAAGACAGAAACAACGGAAAAAGCUGAUAAAUUUAAUGCAGCGCAUUAUUCGACUGGGGCGGUUGCAGCCAGUUUUACUUCCACUUCGAUGAAUCGUAAUUUAGUUCAUGAAGCAGCAAUACGACAUGAGGAUGAACUUCGAUAUGAGAGAGUUAAAAAGAAAGGUUAUGUUCGGCUGGUAACUAACUUGGGAAUGCUCAACUUAGAAUUAUAUUGCGAUCAAGUUCCAAAGACCUGUGAAAAUUUUCUGAAGCAUUGUGAGAAUGGGUAUUACAAUGGGACGAAAUUUCAUAGAUCAAUCAGGAAUUUUAUGAUUCAAGGGGGCGAUCCAACCAAUACUGGAAAUGGAGGAAAGUCUAUUUGGGGAGGAAAAUUUGAAGAUGAAUUUAAACCGAACCUUUCUCAUACUGGACGUGGGGUACUUUCAAUGGCCAAUUCUGGGAAACACACCAACGGAUCUCAAUUUUUUAUCACAUAUAGAUCUUGUAAGCACCUGAAUAACAAACAUACGAUUUUUGGUCGAGUUGUGGGAGGCACAGAAACGUUAAAUGAAAUGGAACGCAUCGAAGUGGACAAUAAAGACAGACCCAUUGAAGAUAUCGUUAUUAUUAACACUCAGAUUUUCGCCAAUCCAUAUGAUGAAGCUGAUGAAAUCUUAACAAAAGAAAGAGAGGAUGAAAUUAAUCAGCAGAAAUUGAAAGCUGUUGAGGAAAAAAAGAAAGUUGCUAAAAAUACGCCACUUGUUGCAUUUAAGAGUGGUGUUGGCAAAUAUAUUAAACCAGAUGUACUGAAAAGUGCUGUCAAAGGUGCAGAAAUUGAAGAACCUGUUACUAAGAAGAAGAAGGGCUCCUAUUUAUUUAAUUUUAAUAAUUGGUAGAAAUAAUGCCCAAAUAAACUUCUGAAGAUUAA